UUUCUCUGACCUUUCUUUGCUUCAUCUUCAAAUCUUCCCUCUCCAUCUUGUUCAAAAAAGAGAAAGAAACAAAGUAAUUACGAAACAUCCUUCUUCACGAUAUUUCAAAAUCAAGAUUUGGUUAAAGGGUCCCAUCUUUUUUCUUGAUUCUUUAAUUCUUGAUUCUCAAAGAAUUUAAUGCUCAUGUCUUUUAUAUGAAUCUUCUGAAGCUUACAGGCUCCAUUGAACAGUAAAAUCUUGUGAGUUUGAUCCUUUUAAUACCGAGAGAGGAAGAUCUCAGAUGGCAAACAAGAUAAGUGAAACAGCUUCUUCUAAGAUGGAUGAUUAUGAAGUAGUGGAGCAGAUCGGAAGAGGAGCUUUCGGUUCUGCUUUUCUUGUGAUUCACAAGUCUGAGAGAAGAAGGUAUGUAGUGAAGAAGAUUCGUUUGGCUAAACAAACAGAGAGAUGCAAGCUUGCUGCCAUCCAAGAGAUGAGUUUGAUAUCAAAGCUUAAGAAUCCUUAUAUUGUGGAGUACAAAGAUUCAUGGGUUGAAAAGGAUUGUGUAUGCAUUGUAACUAGUUACUGUGAAGGUGGAGACAUGACUCAAAUGAUAAAGAGAGCUAGAGGAACAUUUGCCACUGAAGAAAAACUCUGCAGAUGGAUGGUUCAGCUACUGUUAGCAAUAGAUUACCUCCAUAACAAUCGAGUUCUUCACCGUGACCUUAAGUGCUCAAACAUAUUCCUCACCAAAGAAAACGAGAUUCGAUUAGGUGACUUUGGUCUUGCAAAACUUCUAGGCAAAGAUGAUCUUGCUUCCUCGAUUGUGGGAACACCAAACUACAUGUGCCCUGAACUUCUUGCAGAUAUACCUUACGGCUACAAAUCUGAUAUUUGGUCUUUAGGUUGCUGUAUGUUUGAAGUAGCUGCACAUCAACCUGCCUUCAAGGCUCCUGUAAGAACACUUCUCAUUUCUUCUUGUGUUAAAUCUGAAUCUCUUUCAAACUUUUCAAAAAAUUAUGUUUCUUGGAAACAGGACAUGGCUGGACUCAUCAACAAGAUUAACCGCUCUUCGCUUUCUCCUCUCCCCGUCAUGUAUUCCUCUUCAUUGAAAAGACUGAUUAAAAGUAUGUUGCGCAAGAACCCUGAACAUAGACCAACUGCUGCAGAGUUGUUAAGACAUCCUCACUUACAGCCAUAUCUUGCACAAUGCCAAAACCUGUCUCCGGUUUUUAAACCAGUCGUAUCCAAAUCAGAACACAACACCUACGAAAACAGAGCAGGCGAGACCCGUCUUCCCCCAAGGACAGGCACUGCAAAGUCCACGAAAACACCAAUGAAACAUAAUCAAGCACUAAAAGAAGAAGCAGAGGAGAAAGAGAAGAGAAACAAGAAUGGAAGUUCUAGUUCAAAAGACAAAGAGAAGCCAGAAAAGACUCAAGAGAUGUCAUUGCUUAGCACAUUAACGCUACUACGCGAAUAUCAGAAGAAGACACCGAGAAGCGAGGAGAGAGCAGAAGCGUUGGAAUCUUUGUUGGAGCUUUGUGCAGGUUUACUUAGGCAAGAGAAGUUCGAUGAGCUCGAAGGAGUCUUGAAGCCUUUUGGAGAUGAAACAGUUUCAUCAAGAGAGACAGCGAUUUGGCUUACCAAAAGUCUCAUGAAUGUUAAGAGAAAGCAAAAUGAUGAUGAAACCAAUCCUUAAAAACAAAUAAUAACCACAACUUUUUUCAUGUAACCAACCAUUGUGUGUAUUAAAGACAAUGAAGGUAUUUGAUUAACAGAAUGUUAUAUUA